AUGGAGCGUUCUGGGUCCCAGCUGCGUGGGGACGAGCAAAGCUGGUGGGGGAGUGCUCCCCAGUACCAGUACAUACCCUUUGAACACUGCACCAGCUACGGACUGCCCUCAGAGAACGGAGGGCCUGAGCACAGGCUCCGAAGGGGCGCAGGACCCCGCCCCAACACGCACCCCACACAGAUUUAUGGCCACCACAAGGAGCAAUUUCCUAAGAAGGAGCAGCACGUACAAGAGCCCACGACAACAACCAGCUCCCGUACCUCUGAGGACAGCAAGGAGGAGGAGCAUUAUUCUAAAUGUCAAGAUUGUAUCCGCCGCCUGGGACGCAUGGUGAGAAGACAGCUGGGGGAAGACUGGAUCUUUCUGGUGCUGCUGGGACUCCUCAUGGCCUUAGUUAGCUGGUGCAUGGAUUAUGUCAGUGCCAAAACCCUUCUGGCCUACAAGUGGACCUACUACCGCAUGCAACCCAACCUGCCCCUGCAGUACCUGGCCUGGGUCACCUUUCCACUGGUUCUCAUCCUCUUCAGUGCUCUGUUUUGCCAACUCAUCUCGCCACAAGCUGUUGGCUCUGGGAUCCCCGAGAUGAAGACUAUUCUGCGUGGGGUUAUCCUGAAGGAGUAUCUAACCCUCAAGGCCUUCGUGGCCAAGGUGGUGGCACUGACAGCUGGACUGGGCAGCGGCAUCCCAGUGGGGAAGGAGGGCCCUUUUGUCCACAUCGCCAGCAUCUGUGCAGCUGUGCUCAGCAAGUUCAUGUCAGUCUUCUGCGGGGUCUAUGAGCAGCCCUACUAUUACACAGACACGCUGACAGUGGGCUGUGCGGUGGGCGUCGGCUGUUGUUUUGGGACACCACUUGGAGGAGUGCUCUUCAGCAUUGAAGUCACCUCUACCUACUUUGCUGUGCGCAAUUACUGGAGAGGAUUCUUUGCAGCCACCUUCAGUGCCUUUGUUUUCCGGGUGCUGGCUGUGUGGAACAAAGAUGCUGUCACCAUCACGGCUCUCUUCAGAACCAACUUCCGGAUGGAUUUCACCUUUGACCUGAAGGAACUCCCAGCCUUCGCCAUCAUUGGGGUCUGUUGUGGGCUCCUAGGAGCAGUGUUUGUGUACCUGCACCGCCAGGUCAUGCUGGGUGUCCGCAAGAACAAAGCCCUGAGCAAGUUUCUGGCUAAGCAUCGUUUGCUGUAUCCCGGAAUCAUUACCUUUGUCAUCGCCUCUUUCACCUUUCCACCAGGAAUGGGCCAAUUUAUGGCUGGAGAGCUGAUGCCUCGGGAAGCCAUCAGCACUCUCUUUGAUAACCACACCUGGGUGCGACAUGCUGGUGACCCAGAAAGCCUGGGCCUAUCAGCUGUGUGGCUCCAUCCACAGGUCAACGUGGUCAUCAUCAUCUUCCUCUUCUUCAUCAUGAAGUUCUGGAUGUCCAUCGUGGCCACCACUAUGCCCAUUCCCUGCGGGGGCUUCAUGCCUGUGUUUGUGUUAGGAGCUGCAUUUGGGAGGCUGGUAGGUGAAAUCAUGGCCAUGAUAUUCCCUGAUGGUAUCUUAUUUGAUGGCAUUCUCUACAAGAUCCUGCCUGGGGGCUAUGCAGUCAUUGGAGCAGCAGCCCUGACUGGUGCAGUGUCCCACACAGUCUCCACAGCUGUGAUUUGCUUCGAGUUAACGGGUCAGAUUGCGCACAUCCUACCUAUGAUGGUGGCUGUUAUCUUGGCCAACAUGGUGGCUCAGAGCCUACAGCCCUCCCUCUAUGACAGUAUCAUCCAGGUCAAGAAGCUACCCUACUUGCCUGACCUCGGUUGGAACCAGCUCAGCAAAUUUACAAUCUUUGUUGAGGACAUCAUGGUGCGUGAUGUGAAGUUUGUUUCAUCUUCUUGCACGUAUGGGGAAUUGAAAGCCCUACUCCAGACCACCACAGUCAAGACUUUGCCAUUGGUUGAUUCCAAAGAAUCCAUGACCCUGCUGGGAUCUGUGGAACGGUCAGAGCUGCAGAACCUGCUACAGCGACACUUGAGCACCGAGCGGAGGCUGCGCACAGCCCAGGACCUGGUCCGGAAACUAUCAGCGUUGCCUUAUGAUGGGAAGGCCCCUUCAGGAAUCUGGCCCCUGGGCCGCCCUGAGUCGUUUGCCUUUGUGGAUGAGGAUGAAGAUGAGGACUCCUCUGGGAAGCCACAGGAAUCUCCACUCCCGCCUCCUCAUCACUUUCCUCCUGUUCCACUGUCCCUAGAGGAGCCCAAUGGGCCACUGUCCAGCCCCAAACAACAGCCAGAGGCACCGGAGCCUGCAGGCCAAAGGCCUUCUGUCUUUCAGACUCUGCUGCGCUGUUUGUUGGGUAGAACUCGGCCCCCAAAGAAGAAAGCACCUCAGGAUGCAACCAACUUAGUGGACACCAUGUCCCCUGAAGAGAUUGAGGCCUGGGAGCAGGAGCAGCUGAGCCAGCCUGUAUGCUUUGACUGCUGUUGUAUCGACCAGUCUCCUUUCCAGUUGGUAGAGCAGACAUCCCUGCACAAGACUCACACGCUCUUCUCACUCCUGGGCCUCCACCUGGCCUACGUGACCAGCAUGGGGAAGCUCAGGGGCGUGCUGGCCCUGGAGGAGCUCCAGAAGGCCAUUGAAGGCCACACCGAGUCUGGGCUGCAGCUUCGCCCACCCCUAGCCAGCUUUCGGAAUACAACUUCAACUCGAAGAAAUUCUGGGGGUCUGGCCCCUUCUGUGGAGCCCUGGAGUGUGCCUGAGGGCCCCACUGGUGCAGAGAAGAUGCCAGACCCUGUCUCUUCACCAGAGCCCCCUCUCUCCCAGGCUCCAGCCAAAGCAGGGGAUGAACUGGAGGAGCUGGAGCUGGUGGAGGGGCCUGCACCCCAAGAUGAGCUGGCUGACAUCUUACAGGGCCCUAGCCUGCGGUCCACGGAUGAGGAGGAGGAACUGAUGCUGUGA